AAAUUAGUACUUCACAAGCAGCAAAAAAUGUUCAGUGGUUAAAAAUGGAGGAAGAAAAAUUUAACGCAAGAGAAUCUCAAUCUACGUUUAAUCCUACAGCAGCUACACAGCCAACUGCCCACGAUGUUGUUAUGGAAGAGGCUGUUAUUAGCGAAAAAGAUAGCAAGACGAUAACGGAUUCCGCAGUUGCCGUGAAUGAAGUGAAUGAGGUGAAUGAUCAGAGAAUAGUUGAAGAAUUUCAAUACCUUUUAGAGAAGAGUCAACAACUAUUCGCAGGCUUGAGGGAUCUUCCACCAACUGGUGGUCGCCAGUGGCAACCAUAUUUUCAACGGACUUUUGAAGUUUAUACCAAGCUAUGGAAGUUCCAGCAACAGAAUAGAUUUGUGCUAGAAAAUAAAAAUAAUUAUGGUCUUAAACGAUGGGAGGUUGGCGAAAUUGCAUCAAAGAUUGGUCAACUUUAUUACCAUUACUAUGAAACUAAUUAUCUUCACGAAUCAUACAUAUUCUAUGAGGCUAUUCGUGAACGUUCCUAUUUCAAAGACGUUCUUGAUGUUAAAAAUCCUGCUCUAAUUAUCAAAAAAUUAAGAUAUUAUGCCCGAUUUAUUGUUGUGUGUCUGCUGUUGAACAAGAGGGAUAUCGUACAAAAGUUAUUAGAUGAAUUAAAUGUUCUUGUUGACGACUAUAUAAAAAUAUUUAAACCAAUUGAUUCGGCCGAAUGGCACCAAGUCCUCACAGAAAUUGAUGCAUUUUUGGAGGCUGAGAAGAAACUUACGCCUCGUUCUCUUGAAGGUAAUUUCUUACCUAUCGCGCGUCGUCUUCAAAUGGAAAGAAGUCCUAGACUUGAAAAAGAUGGGACACCCAAAUUAAAACUUCAAGAAGCAAUUUUAGUGGGAAAUUAUCAGAACCAAACAAAGUUCUCAGAACUCACGCUUGACAUGUAUCAUAUAUUGCAAUCCCUUGAACGCGAACCAGCUCCUCCAAAGAGUACACAACCCAAAACACCAGGUGUUGAGAGUUCUGUGGGUAAUGAAAGGAUAUUGGGCAAAGAUGAUACAUCGACUGAUGAACAAUCAAGCAUGAAUACUCCGACGGACAAAUCCGCAUCAAGAAGAAUAAAUCCUCAUAAGUAUUUGUUGCAUAGACCGACGUUCAGUCAAUUAAUGGUUUAUAUUUCUACAGCAUUCAAGGAAAUUAAUGAAAAUUCCGCCUUAUUACUGUAUCUUUCGGCAGACGGUACUAAACGCGUAAAUACUAAUAGCGAACAUAAUUUUUCUAAUGGAUAUAUGGGUGGAGUUGUGACAAAUUCUCGCAAGCCUGCUGACAAAACUGACGGAUCUGACAAUAGUGGAUUGAUUAAUUGUUUGCACCCAAAUGAUUUGGUACCAUUUACCCGGAAACCCUUGUGCAUUAUAGUUGAUAGUAAUAAUAGCACAGCUUUUGCGGUAUGGCUUAUCUCUUGUUCCUAUCAUAUCAACUUUUACGCGUAUUCAUGA